AGGAGUCGCGUAGUGACGGCCAUCUUUGAUGUUGGCCGCUCCGAUCCAGUCCGGCCCUCGACCCUGACCUGACGAGCGCAGACCCUGCGGCGGUGUUGAUAUCAACGGGGACUGAGACGGUUCCUAGAGGGUGUCUGAGACUGAAGAACAAGAAACAAGGGAACCAUGUCAUUAACAGCUGGUUUGAAAACUGAUUUUGAGCGGUUGCUUCUGCGCUUUCAGCAGACUGAAAGUGUGCGCUAUGAGGAGUUCUCUGCGAUCUGGCGAGACAUGAAGUUCUCUACUAUCUUUUAUGGGAAAAUGGGCAAAACUGAUAGCAGGAAGUUCACCAAGGAAGCACUAGCUAUGGCAGGUCGAUACUUUUCCCCUCCUUACAGCUUUCAAAUCCGAUUUGGAGGCUUAUACCUCCUUUAUGGGCUCUACAAUACACAGCUUUGUCAGCCUAAGGAAAAGAUAAGGAUAGCAUUGAAGAAUUGGGAUGAGGUGCUCAGUUGCCAAGAGGAAAUGGUGAACGCAGAACAUUUUGAUGCUGUUUAUAUUCUGAACAAACUUCUAAAUGACAAAGCCUUCCAUUUCACAGCAAUGCCAGCAUUGCUCAUUUACAAUCGAAAGAGAAAAAAAAUUCCCAAUGAAGAUGUGAAUGAGAAUUUACGGGAAAAGUCUAAUCUGAUAUCUGAACUCAUUAAUGCCGAGGCUUUGGAGGAAUUAACAAAUGUACAUGAACACUAUCAAGCCAUGAAGCAUACGAUCUCUGCAAACAAAACACAGCUGGACAAAGCACUAAGUUUAAUUCGAGGGAACUUUGUGUCUGAUUUGAAGAAUAUUGCAUUGAAUUUUCAACAGUGGCAAGAGAAUAAGAACAUGAACUUGACUGACCAGUCAGGAAUCCCAGUCUCAAAAUGUGAAGAACCUGAAGAAGAAAAGGGUUUCAAACGUGCACAGACCUUAGCAGAGAUAAAGUCAAAAUCGUAUAAUUCCGCAAUCAAGGUAUCCAGAUCCAGGCGGCACCGGCAAGUAAAAAUAAUACCUGACUGCACGAAAGGGAAGAAAUCCCCAAAAGUUCAUGCCGACAAGAAAGAUACUGCACUAUCCAAGAAAAGGCGAUAACAUUGAAGAUAAUGGUGAACAAUGCAUGUCAAAUAACCAGAGCUAAUACAGUAACCGCUACAGUUUCAGCAACUUCUGCUGAGCAGUCUGGAGAAAAACACUUUCGUAACUGAGUGGUUUAAAACAGCAAUCCCAUCAGUGCUGGUGGUUUGGAUCUAAGUUGCACAUUAAAGUGUUAUAUUGAAUUUGUGCUGAAAACAAACAAAUAUCUUUAUCGGCUUUCUAAAACAAAUUAUAAUUAGUAUAUGGCAAGAAGAUGUUUAUCGUAUCCAAAUACUGAAUUGUAAGAAGAUUCUUGAUUUGUUUUCAAGUCUUGCACAUGAAAUCAAUGCUUUUGCCACUCGGGUUAAAGGUAUGUAGGUUUUGGGAAAUGGUUCACCCUGCCUCCUCUCUCCAUCCUAUCCCAAUUUUAACACACCUAUCAUUUGCUUGUCAGAGUCACUCAAGUUAGAGUAAAACGUUAUAUACUGUGUCUCAAGAUCCUCUGCACCAGAUGAGUAUUCUCAGUUUCGCCUGUUGAAUUAAAUAAUAGGUGCAGAAUUUCAAAUUAAAAAAAAAAAAAAAAUUUUAAUCUGCAUUCUCACUCACACUGAAUAAAACCUGUUCCUAUUACACAUCUUCUCAAAUACUCCAACAUAGGCUGAAUCCUAAAAGUGUGUUUUUUGGCUUUGCAUUAAUAUUUACAACUUAAUUUGGCAAUGAAAUAACAAGCACAGAUUAGCUUUUAUCACUUGUGAAUUAAGUUGUCGACAAACACUCUGAAAAAUAAAACGUGGAAUUUUACUUUAACUAAUUGCCUGUCUAUUCCAGCAGUGCAUAAUAAAGUUGAUUUUGUUAUUUACCUUUA